AUGAGUUCCUUCUACGAACUGAUCCUGAAAAAACAGCAGGAAGGCUUGAGGGAACGGCAGAUAUUCUCUGAAUUAUAUGAUGGUAUAGCUGAAUGGGCACUUACAACUGCUGCUACAAAUUCAGGUGCUUCCACCAGCAAAGCCACUGACAUUGAGAAGAAAGAAAAGCGAGAAGUACUGAUGGAGAAUGCAUUGGUGCUUGGUGGGUUCACGCAGCCAGAGCCAUUCUUAUAAUUGUUUAAGCCGUUGGCCAAAACAAAGGAUGGUUUCUUGGACAGAAUCCUAAUCGGCUCCGUAAAACCACAUCUACUUUAUGAAGAAGAAGUGGAGGAGUGGUGUGGAAAACUUAUGAAGUACAAAAUGCGGGGAUUUACUGGUUAGUUCAAUUGCAAGUUAUGUCACCAUAGAUAAGUAAUACUUGACCUGAGGAAUGGUAAGACUUUUUUGUAGUUUAUUGUAUCAUUAUUUAUUUUUAUUUAGAAAUAUACAAGAGUAUUUUUGAAAUGCACAAGAGUGGCAAGAUCUACGCUUACUCCCCUGAAGCCAAGAAGAUGUUCAUUGAAUACUCCGACCCCAUUAGCAGCAAAAUGAAUGCCCAAUGGGACAGUGGAAGUAACUGCAUAGACAAUUUCUCAAAAGACAAAAGAAACUUCACCAGGUAAGAUUAAACUUAUCCUGCUUCAGUCACCAGGAAGUAACACUAGUCUAUGUUAAGGUUUGGAUGGUGCAUAUACAAACUUAGGGAAUUUCUAUUUUAAAUUGAACAGUAUAUUAAAAACAAAACUUAUAUAUAUUAAAAAAAGAUCACAUAAUUCAGUCUUUCAGUUGCGGUAUGGUUUAUUUAAUAAACGGUUUAAUAACAAUAAAAUUUAAUGUAUGGUGAAAGUGGGACAAAUAAAUGAAUGAAUUACUUAAAUGUUUACUAACUAUAUGCUUAAAUAUGCUUAAUUUCAUAGUUGAUGCAUAAUUAAGUUAUAAAGGAAUAAAUGUGUGUUUCUCUACAGGCUAUCGUGUGUUCUCCACGUGUUGAUAAGCGUUGUGAGAUAUGUAUGUAUGUAUGUAAAAUUACAUCAGUAAUAUUACAUCAGCAAUGAAGAAGUACAGGAAAACAAGGAGGCAGAAGUAACAAUCAACGACCAAAUACAGCCGGAAAUGUUAAAAAUUGCGGCACAAGUCGUGGACUACUUCACAAGACAAGGUCAAGCGUUUAUGACGGUACUACAUUAUAACAUAGUUUGCUUCAACCAAUAACUGACAUUUUUUUUAUUUUAUAUUUUCUUAUCAUUUUACUUAACAGCUUAUGCGACCUGUUGUGCCAGCAUCGAAAUCGUCCAAAAGACAAGAACCAGGAGAUCCAAUACCAGUACCAGAUAUGACAUCAAAUGAAAUGCUCCAGUUGUUUGGCCAGUGGUUUGUUUGGAGGUUUUCCAAUUAUGGAGUGGAAGAUGUAAGUAUAAAUGUCCACCCGUUCCUCCAGUUCUAA